UCUCAGUUGUGCACGUGGCUGUGAAGGCUUCGCGGACACGCGCUGCUCUCUGACGUCACGCAGCAUACGUACAGCUCGGCGACGUGCCGGGAUCGCACGGUAACGUACGCGCCGUGAGGCCAGUGUGUCCGCUGUAGUCGUCUGUCCUUCCCCGCUUUACCUCGAUAUAAAAGUGGGUCAGACCCGAAGAGCGAGCCCCAGGUCCGGUGUGUCUUAUGGUAAGAGUGUCGUCUUUGAUAGCAGGAGCGCUAGCUUAAGUGCUAACUGCUAGCUUCUUCUGCUCUAAUACGGAUGGUAGGUAAAUACCGGGCCGACUGUGUCCGUUCUCACUGGAGCAUACCGCGAUAGAAGUAAACCACGUGCCGACCGGGAGCGCUGGACGUGAGUCCCACGUCUGUGGGUACAGAAUCUCCUCUGGUCGCGGAAGUGACAUGUGACCCACGGGUCCACUACGGAACGACAGAGCCCCGAUCCGACACGUGCAACGGGGCAUGCUCCGGACUUCGUGGCGGUGUUCUCACUUGUCAAGAUGAGUGGUCUCUCUGGGGGGAAGUGGGUGCGCCUCGGGCUGCGGGCUGUCCGUCUGCUCAACGGAACCUCUCCUCGACCCUUCCACGCUUCCGUGAGCGUCGCCGCGUCGCCGCCCACGGAUGGGUUCAAACCGGCCAAAGUCGCAGUUGUUACGAAGACGACGCGGUACGAGUUCGAGCAGCAGCGGUACCUGUACGCGGGGCUCUCUGAAGAGGACCUGACACAACUGCUCGCUAUGAAGGGCUCCAGCUACAGCGGCCUGCUGGAGAGACACAACAUCCACACCAGCAACGUGCAACACGUCGUGACCAGCCUGCGGAGAGAAGGCAUCGAGGUGCGCGUGGUGAAGAGAGGAGAAUAUGAUGAAGAAGUAGUCCGAUGGGCGGAUGCCAUCAUCUCUGCUGGAGGUGACGGGACUAUGCUACUUGUUGCCAGUAAGGUUUUAAGCAAGGACAAACCAGUUGUGGGUGUCAACACAGACCCUGAGAGGUCAGAAGGUCAUCUCUGCCUGCCGGUGCACUACACGCAUGCCUUCCCCGAGGCCCUGGAGAAACUCUGCCGUGGUGAGUUCAGGUGGUUGUGGCGUCAGAGGACCCGCGUGCACUUGGAAGGAACAGGAAUCAACCCCACCCCCGUGGACCUGCACGAACAGCAGCUGAGCCUGGAGCAGCACAGCCGAGCUCACCGCAUCAGCACCCGGGGCAGCGAUCAGAGGGCCGGAACGCUACAUGACAGCUUCUCUGGGGCUCGUCUGCUUCCUAUCAGAAGUCUGAAUGAGAUCUUCAUCGGAGAGUCUCUGUCCUCCAGGGCUUCCUACUACGAGAUCUCUGUGGAUGACGGCCCGUGGGAGAAGCAGAAGAGUUCAGGACUCAGCGUCUGCACAGGAACAGGAUCCAAAGCGUGGUCAUAUAACAUCAACAAACUGACCCAACAAGCUGUGGAGGAGGUUCUAGACAUCGGAAAGUCUCAAAUGGGUCUUGAUAUCCCACUUAAUCGUGACAUCAUUGAAAAAGUGACGGAUGAGUACAACGAGUCUCUGGUGUUCAGUCCGGAUGACAGGCGCUUGUUCUACAGCAUCAGGGAGCCCAUCAUCAACAGAGUGUUCUCCAGUAGCCAGCAGAGAGGCUUCGCCAGCAGGGUGUCCGUGCGCUCCCGCUGCUGGGACGCCUGCAUGGUGGUUGAUGGCGGCACUUCAUUCGAGUUUAACGACGGCGCCAUCGCUACCAUCAGCAUGACUGAGGAGGAUCAGCUGCGGACCGUUGUUCUGGAACAUUGAGAUGAGUCUUGAGCGGUUUCUCUCCAGGCCACUGCUAAAAAGGAAGCGUUUAGCCUCCACAAGUGGUGAAUAAUGUUACACCUGAAAGAAAGGGGUUUCCAGUGUUCCUCCUGAGGCCCAACACCUUUUAUGACCCUGGCUCACAAAUAUAAAAUGCUUACCUUGGUGCACGGGAGCGAGCCCCACUGGUUGGCCAGUUGUCUCUGUGCUCCCACCUCAGGUAACUGCUAAUAGAUGUCAUUAGUUAGCAUUGUAAGCAAUUAACAAGUUUGAGCUCUGAUAAUUCAUCUACUUUUAAUUAAAUCCUUUCGAGAUGAAUUCAAAAAUCCUAUUUUUUCAAUACACUAUAAUAUCAUCUAAAUUGGAUUAACUAGGACCCAUUAUAAAUGAGACUUAUUGUGAUACGCUCUGAAUUUCUGUUUUGAACAGUUUUAUCAAUAUUUUUAUAUCUUGCAGUGGAUUCCUCAGACAGCUGGUCAGUCGUUUUUAAAGCAAACGUUACGCUGACUGUAGCAAAGUGUGGCUCUACUGAGUAUUUGUGGGAGCGGGACGGUGUGUGUGGGACUGGGGCUAAAUAAAGUACAGUGUGAGUGAUGUUGAGGAAGAGUCCUAAUGGAGUGCUGGUCUGAGGAAGACUUGCACACACUACUUGUUGGUAGAAUCACUCCCUGCUGGUUUGGGUCUGCUCAUGAGAUUCAAGGACCCCCGCUGACGUCUCUGGUGCUUGUUUAAAGGUUUAUGUGGUGAGCUGAAAGAACAGUCCGUCUGUUGACUGGAGAUAUUUUUGUUACAAAGCUUAUUUUGUUCUAGCUGAACCAUUUUUGCUCUGGGGAAAGAUGUGCAAGCUUACAAGGGCAAUGUGCUGUGUGACUCGGUCCACAGAGCCGUGUGGUACCUCGAGGAUCAGAAGUGAUUCUUUGCACAUGCUUCUGAAAGGUUGUUGCGGUCUGGGGUUGGAACUGAUCUCGCACAAAGGGAAGUGACGUUAAAAUCAUGGAAACAAUGUUGGAACAAUGCUCAAGUUGGCACUAUAAAGAUUGUAGGUGUAAAGAUUUCUAAGGAAUCCAGCACAUCUCUUG